AGAAGCCUUGAACACUUACGUACCCAGCGUCUUCUUGCCUUUAUCUAAUGCCGCCGCAAACAAACACAUCGGUUAAGGUAGUCGAGGUUUGCAGGGUCACACCGCAACCAGGCUCCUUGGACUCCAAGGCCGUCACACCAAAUCUUUCCCUUCCUUUAACCUACUUUGACCUCUUUUGGCUGAGGUUUCCUCCUGUUGAGCGGCUUUACUUCUAUGAAUCGACAUCUUCUCCCUCUGAUUCCGUACUUGAAAAUCUCAAAACCUCCCUCUCUCUAGUUCUCCAACACUUCCUACCUCUUGCCGGAAACCUAACUUGGCCCCAAGACUCCGACACCCCCGUCCUCACCUACGUCGAAGGCGACGCCGUGUCACUCACAAUAGCCGAGUCCGAUGCUGAUAACUUUGACAACCUUUCAAGCUACGGUGACUUUGUUGAAGCCAGAGAUUAUCAUCCUCUAGUUCCAAAAUUGGAUGUCACUCACUCACGAGCUGCAGCUAUCGCAUUGCAAGUAACCCUAUUUCCGAGUCGCGGCUUUGUCAUCGGAACAACCAUGCACCAUGCAAUCCUUGACGGCAAAACCUCAACCUCGUUUGUCAAAUCAUGGGCUCAUGCAUGCAAGCAUAUCAUACUUAACAAUGGCGUUUCGACUGACUCGGACUUUUCAUUACCGGAUCAGCUCAAGCCGUUUUAUGACAGAACGGUGGUUCAUGACCCGACUGGACUCGGACUCGGGUCUCUCUACGCAAAUGAGUGGCGAAAAAUGGACGGGCCAGACAACAAAAGCGUAAUGAUAUGGGAUAUGAAAGCUCCACCACCAGAAUCAGUUCGAAGAAUCUAUGAAUUUACGCGCCCAAAAAUACAAACCCUAAGGCAAAUAGUACUGGUUUCGCAUCCAAUACUUCAUUUGUCGACAUUUACUCUAGUAUGUGCCUAUAUGUGGGUUUGUUUAGUCAAGGCACAAGGAGUAGACGCUGAAAAACUGACGAUUCAGGCCUUUAGCGUGGACUGUAGGGCUCGUUUGGAUCCUCCUAUACCAGCAAACUAUUUCGGAAACUGCGUAACAGGUGCGGCGGGGUUCGUGAAAGCGAAGGAGUUGCUGGGUGAAGAUGGGUUGGUUGUGGCGGUGAGGGCAAUUAGUGAAGCUAUACAGGGUUUGGAGAAAGGGGUUUUGAAUGGAGCUGAGGUUUGGGUUUCGAAAAUGAAGGACUUUGUGCAGGCAGAGGGAGUGUACUCUACCGCUGGCUCGCAUAGGUUUCAGAUUUAUGAGACGGAUUUCGGAUGGGGAAGGCCGAAGAAGGUUGAGGUGGUUUCGAUAGAUAGAACUGGAGCGAUUUCGCUUUCGGAAUCGAAGAACGGCGGUGGAGGUGUUGAGGUUGGGGUGGUUUUGAGAAAACAUGUCAUGGAAGCUUUUGCUUCUCUGUUUGCUAAAGGUUUUGGAGACCAUUAAUGGAAGUGUGUAACUACGUUUUCGAUUAUUAUGCUUUCUUUUUGUUGGGUACCUAAUAAGUUUUGUAGACAGACAGAAUUGAUUAAUUAAAGAUUAAUGAACGACAAGACAAUUUCAAAUUG